AUUCGUCAUUUGAAAAUUUGAGUUGUUGCUCAGCUAAAUUCUCAGCAUUAAUUUCUCCGUCUGAUGAUUUCUCAAUUCAAACACAUCUUCUUCACCGCUUCUCUUCGAAAAUUUCCCCAUUUUCCAUCAAUUUUCCCUCUUCCACACCUCAAAGCUUACUCAGCAUCACAAGUACUCGGAGGAAAAAUGGAAUCGGAAGCACCUGACCGGACUCUUCUUCUACUCGCCGGAAAAUCAAAUGAGGAGAACGAUGUGGCAAAGGUAUUAAAGGAUAACAAUACUCUUCAACUGCGUAAAAAUGGUGAAGAAGUUGAGGUUAUUCUGCCUUCCGAGGUCGAAACGACAUUUGAAGAUGACGCGUUUCAAAUUGGAGAAUACUUUAACUCCCUUUCGACUAAGCGUUUUGGGAGACUACUCAUUUAUUCUCCCAAAUUGUCGUCAACUCAUGAUGUUAUUUCACAAAAUAACUCUGACUUACCAGUUGGGACAGUGUGUGUUGCUGAUGUGCAACUGAAAGGGAGAGGACGUUCGAGUAAUUUGUGGCAAUCACCAAAGGGUUGCCUUUUGUUUUCAUUUUCAAUACAAAUGGAGGACGGUAGAGUGGUGCCGCAUUUGCAGUAUGUAGUCUGUCUUGCUAUGACAGAGGCCAUUAAGGCUAUCUGUUUGGAAAAGGGCAUGCCACAUCUCGAUGUUCGAAUAAAGUGGCCAAAUGAUCUCUAUUUAGGUGGCCUUAAAGUGGGAGGCAUCCUAAGCACAUCGGUAUAUAGGUCAAAGAAGUUCUAUGUUAGUGCUGGAGUUGGAUUGAAUGUGGGGAACGAGAAGCCUACUACAUGCUUAAAUGCUACUUUGAAGAGAGUGAAUCCUCUCUCACGUGAGUUGAAAAGAGAAGAUAUCAUUGCAGCCUUUUUCAAUAAAUUUGAGAACCUUUAUGAUGUUUUCUUAAAACAAGGAUUUCAAGCUCUUGAAGAGUUGUACUAUCAGACUUGGUUACACAGUGGACAGAGGGUUAUUGUGCAGGAGAGAAGCGAUGAUCAGGACCAAUUCGUUGAAAAUGUAGUCACCAUUCAGGGUUUGACAUCCUCAGGGUAUUUAUUAGGAAUCACAGAUGAUGGUCAAAUGUGUGAGUUACACCCAGAUGGCAACAGUUUUGACUUCUUCAAAGGACUUAUCAAAAGAAAAAUGAGCUGAAAAGAGAUUCAUGUUAGGUGACUUCUUAUCAAAUGAGUUUAUCCUCUUUUCUGUUUACUUUUACUUCACGUAUUCUCUUUUUAUUUGCUGAUUCUGUUGCACAUAAAGUCAUUUCUCUAAAUUGUAUUUUAUUUUAUUUUAAAAUAGGAACUAAGAUUGCAGUAUAUUGAUUUUCUUUACUGAAGAAAACGUCAUUAUUUCAACCAAACAUUAAGAAAAAGAUUUACGUUUUGUCUUCACUUUUUACAA